AGCCAUGUUGGCUCCAGCCAUGCUGGGUUGAUCCGCUGUGGCUCGAGCCACGCGGUUCAAGUAGGCUUACAUUUUACGAAGUCGGUACAGUUGGUUGGAUGGCAAGUCGGUCUCAGAGUAUGACGGUUUUGCACAGAUCAUGGCGUAGACCUAAUUUCUGUCGCAGAUUAUGUUGCACUGUACCUCUAGGUUUUCUAGGAGUGAGCUCGUAUGGUCGAGUGCAAAACAAGCAUGGAAUUAUCCAUUGGGGAACUAGACAGCCGGACGGCUAUCAUAUUACGGGUAUAGGUUAUCAGAGCAUGUUGGUUCAUCGUCUUGUCGCCCACACAUUUAUUGGACCUCCGUCAGGUGGUGAUCGUUAUGAAGUGAAUCACAUUGACGGAAACAAGAGCAACAAUCGAGUGGACAAUUUGGAGUACGUGUCCCGAGCGCAAAAUAUGCUGCAUCAUUUCAGAACCAAGCUUCUGCAGCGCAGGUCAAGCACAGAAGCAAACUCAAAGCCUGUCUUCGCAAGGAUCUGUGGAUCACAGACGUGGACUCGUUUUGAUUCUAUAAAGGGCGCUGCGAUCAGUCUGAAGGUCUGUGCGAGUAACUUUUUUUCUUGCUGCAAGGGAAAGCUGACUUCAGUGGGAGGCGUCGAAUUCCGAUAUGCAGAGUCUAUUGCACGACCUGGCGAGGAAUGGAGAACGGCAUUGUGUCCUUGUUCGGGUUUGCCGCUCACGAGUUGGGAAGUCAGCUCUCAUGGGCGCGUCAAGAAUUCAAAGAGCUUGAUUUCAAGGGGCAGUCUUGCCGCGUCAGGAUAUCGAGUUGUCUGUGCUUCUUUGUACGGCCGUUUGUCUGCUCUUCGCGUGCACCGACUUGUCGCCCGUGCCUUCCUAGGUCCGGCGCCAGAUUCGGAGCGACACCUUGUACACCACAAAGAUUCUGACCGAGGAAAUAACCAUGUUGAUAAUUUGCAGUACGUGACAGCUUCUGAGAAUGCGCAAUAUUCACACCAGAGAGGUCCAAGAAGUACAAAGAACAGGGUAGUGCCCGUGCAAGCGCGGCUAUCAGGGACAGAAAGUUGGAUUACGUAUCCAUCGGUAUCAGAAGCAUCGCUCCUCCUCAGCGUCCCAACUUCAAGCAUUUCGCGUUGUUGCCAUGGUUCCCAGCAAUCCGCGAAGGGCUACGAGUUCAAACGCGCAGACAUUUACAAGUUAUGCGGUGAGGAGUGGCGCCAAAUCGCUAGCUAAAGAAUCAAUGACAUGCAUCUACAGAAAA